AUGACAACUUUUGCAGCCGUUUCGAACGAAAUUGAGGUGGAUGAAGCACAAGCAAUAGCCUUGGUUAUCAUUAACGCAUUGCUUGCCUUUAUUGGAACAUUUGGGAACUUUCUGAUAAUCUUCGCUGUCUUGAAAACCCSUCAGCUUCGUCAAAGACCGUCCAAUCAUCUUCUCUUGAGUUUGGCUGUAGCAGAUUUGGUAGUGACUGUGAUAUCACAGCCAGUGUUCAUUACUGAAACAGCUCUGAUAACAUUUAAAGACAGAUGCAUUAUUCCUCUUGAGAUAACCCUUUUUACUGCAGCGAUGUCUUCUACUACGUGCUCAGCAUUGCAUUUGGCUGCCGUCAGUAUUGACCGAGUAAUUUCAGUGGUCAAACCUCAUCAUCAUCGCGAAAUCAUGAAGAAAUGGUACAAGAUGAUGUUGUUCAUUUGCUGGGGGACGGGUAUUCUACCUGCGAGUUUGCGCGUUAUAUUUCCAGAGGUAAUCAGGGUCAAUCUAGCUCUAAUCAUGAUGUGUGGGGUUGUCAUGAUUGGGACAUAUGCGGUUAUCCUCUACAAGGUGAAACGUUCUCAUCAAAUCGCAGUACCAUCUUCAAUGUCACCGUCUGCAGCAAGUGAAAGAGCCAAGGAGAAUCGCAUGUCUGAAGGAGCACUUGACGAUGAUCCUAUAGGACCCAAUGGUACUGAACGAUUUCUACAAAAAGUUACAAAUAUGACAUUAGUGUACAUAGCUAAGUAG